AUGAUCUUGGUCAAGUUCUGCAUAUCCAUUGUGUUGAUUGUCGUCGCAGGUGUCUGUGACGCUGCAGAAGAUAAAUCACAUGGCCUGAAACAGGGUGUUUUUGGGGUCGACGCCAGCUUUGACUAUGUGGUCGUCGGUGCCGGCACGUCGGGCUUCACCCUAGCAGCACGACUAGCGGAGCAAAAGCUUAAGGUAGCUCUCAUCGAGGCCGGUGACUUCUAUGAGGCUGUCUGGCCCGUGUCCAAAAUUCCAGGUGCAGUGAUUAUUGGCGUAGGUUCCAGUCCGACUUCCACCACACCGAUUGAUUGGAACUUUCUCACGGCGCCGAUACCGGGCGCAAACUACCGCAAGGUGCAUUAUGCCAGACACAAAACCUUCGGAGGAUGCUCAGUAUGCAAUGUGAUGGUAUACCAGAGGCCCGAUAACGGCUCCAUGCAACGCUGGGCAGACGUUGUUCAGGAUGAAAGCUAUACAUUCGAUCGCGUCCUUCCUUUCUAUCAACGAACGCCAACAUUUUAUCCCCCAAACAACGAACUCCGUCCCCCAAACGCCACCGUGCAGUACAAUCCGGAUGCAUUCUCUCCGAGCGGCGAACCGCUACAGGUGUCCUACCCGAUUGAUAGCAUCCCUUUUUCCAGCUGGAUGGAUCGCGGGAUCCAGGCUAUAGGUAUCCCACAGAUACAGGAUCUCAACAGUGGCUCUUCCGAGGCUGCUUUUGUCGGCGCGGAUGGGGACCGUCUCGCAACGCUAACUAUCUACAAAACCACCAUGGCAAAACGAAUCCUUUUCGACGCCAACAAAAAAGCCACCGGGGUGAAAGUACGCACAGGCACCUCGACGUACACUCUCCAUGCCAGCCACGAGGUGAUAAUCUCGGCUGGCGCAUUCCAGAGCCCGCAACUCCUGAUGGUGUCUGGCAUCGGGCCAUCAGAAGCCCUAAGCCCGCAUAACAUCUCGCAGAUCGUCGAGCUGCCCGGUGUCGGACAGAACAUGUGGGAGCAUGUACUGUUUGCUCCUACGUACCGGGUCAGUAUACCCACGAACACGGAGAUCCCAAACAAUCCCGUGUUCGCGGCGGAACAAGCCGCCCUUUAUUUCACCCUGCACCGGGGCCUCUUCACCAACCCAGGGGCCGAUUACCUCGCCUUCGAAAAAAUUCCCGACCAUCUGCGAGAGCAAUUCUCCGCAGCGACCCUCCGGAACCUCUCGUGGUUUCCACCCAGCUGGCCCGAGGCGGAGUACAUUUCCUUCGCCGUCUACGUCGGGGACCUCAGCGACCCGUUCUUCGACCAGCCCAAGGACGGGUUCAUGUACGCGAGCAUUCUCGGCGCUGUGGUGGCGCCUACCUCGCGCGGAAGCGUGACGCUCAAGUCCAACGACACCGACACCCUCCCCAUCGUCCAACCCAACUGGCUCGCCACCGAGUCCGACGCCCAGCUCGCCGUGGCCAUAUUUCGCCGGCUGCGCGAGGCCUGGCACAGCGAGGGCCUGGCGCCGAUCGUGAUCGGCGAGGAGUACUUCCCGGGCCCGAAAGUCCAGACCGACGAGCAGAUCCUCCAGGCCAUUCGACAGAAUGCCAUGACCGUCUGGCAUGCUUCGUGCACGUGCAAGAUGGGCGUGCGGAACGACAGUAUGGCUGUCGUGGACCACCGGGCCAGAGUGUUCGGGGUGUCGGACUUGCGGGUGGUGGAUGCCAGUGCGUUUCCCAUCCUGCCGCCGGGGCAUCCGCAGUCGACUUGCUAUAUGUUGGCGGAAAAGAUAGCAGCCGAUAUCAUACAGGGGCCGGGCGACGGGGAUGGAGACGACGGAGAUGACGAUGGUGAUAAUGGAGAUGAUUAAGCUGCAUGGUGAGGUAACUUGGUCGAGUGUGCAUAGGAAACAAAAUGUUCUUGUCGUUGCUUGCAUUGAGCCCAGCUGGUGGUAGUUAUUGACUUCUCCGGUGAUACAUGUCAUGGUCUCUCGGACGCCGGUAGCUCUUUACAUGAUGAUUCGGCAACAGGAAUGGGAUGACAUAGAGUAGGUAGAAUGAACUGUAGAUGCGAAUUGGGUAGAUUGACAC